AUGCCCCAGCUUUCGCAGGCACCCGCGGCGCACCAGACCUUACAGCUCCCGACCGCCCGUGAGGAGUCAACCAUCCCGCGUGACGCGAGUUCGCGCUGGGAAUACCCCUCGCCGCAGCAGUUUUACAAUGCGCUCGUGCGCAAGGGCUGGGAGACACCUGAGGAGCACGUCGAGACGAUGGUGCAGAUCCACAACUGGCUGAACGAGCAGGCGUGGCUCGAGAUCCUCAAGUGGGAAAAGAAGGAGAACCCAAUAGAAGAGCUCCAGCUGGCACGUUUCAAGGGUCGUCCAGGUGAGCUCUCGCCAAAGGCUCGCUUCUGGCUCUUCGCAGGUUGGCUUCUGCCUUCUAGGUUUAACACUGAGCCUCCAUUUGACCGCCACGACUGGAUUGUCAAGCGACGGACUACCGGUGAAGAGGUCCGCUAUGUCAUUGACUACUACUCUGCACCGCCAGAGCCCGACGGUUCGCCUGUCUUCGCGCUGGACGUCCGCCCGGCUCUUGAUAGCGUCGGCUCGAUCCAGCAACGGCUGGCGGCUGCGACCGAAGAUGUGUGGGCUGCGCUACGGGAGAAGGAUAACGGGUCCGCGAACACUCGGAACUCAUAG